CUUUCUUUGAGCUGCUCCGAACUUUUGCUCUUUCCUUUUCGCUAAAGGCUUUCAACAGCGCCUGUCUCGUUUCAAGUGCAGCAUAGAACAGGUUAUGAUGAGAUUGCAUUAAAAAAUGUUUGUCGCGAGAAUCAUCGAAAGGUCCAUUAGGACGUUAAGCCCGGUCAAGCAGCAGCGUAAGCUGUAUUCGUAUCAUGCAUCAUCGAAAAGUACAGUUCAACCUACGAUCUCCUUGGGAGCUUUGCGAUUCUGCAGUGACAGCCCACCAAAAUGCUGGAAUUGCGACUACAUGUUCAAGUCAGACCUAUUCUGUUCGAAGUGCAAAGUGUUGCAGGAACUGCCGCAGAACUUGAAUUAUUUUGACAUCAUCGGCGUCAAGAAGAAUUACAAUGUGGUAAAUGAGGAGAUUCACAGAAAGUAUAAGGAAUUACAGAAAAUGCUGCAUCCUGACAAAUUUGGUAACAAAUCUGAGAAAGAAAGACAAAUCUCAGAGAAUUUGUCCUCUCUAAUAAAUAAGGCUUAUAGCACAUUGGCAAAUCCAUUAAAAAGAGGAUUAUAUAUGUUGCAAUUAAAAGGUAUAUCAAUACCAGAAGGAACUACCAACUUGAAUCCAAAAUUUCUCAUGGAGAUUAUGGAGCGAAAUGAAGAGAUAGAUAAUGCAGUGGAUGACAGAGAUAAAAUCUUGAAAUUGGCCAAAGAAUCUAAAGAACUGCUUAAUACACUGACAAUGCAAGUAGCAGAUGCAUUUAACAAGGAAGAUAUUGAAACAGCAACAAAAAUCUUAAUAAAAAUGAAAUAUUACAAUACUAUAGACAAUAGAUUGAAGAAACUAAAGCAUGAUUUAGGUAUAAUAGAAUAAAUAUAUUGCAGCUUUUGCAAAUAACAAAUAUUUGUUUCUGUAUAAAAUAAUGUAUAAUGUACAGAUUUUAAGCAAUAAAUUUUGUAAAUUA